AUGUGGCUCUUGGGAUGCUUUGGGCUCCUGCCCUUCGCGGCAGCAGACACUUGGUGGACCUCAGCAGCAUGGUCCUACACCUACUUGAAGACCGCUGGCUCCCGCGAUGACGUCGUGUGCGAUCAGUGUGUCAUUGAGUUUGAUGGCAACUUGGUUGUCGGAGGAUCCCAGGGGAUAGACGGCAUCAGUUACGAGCGUGACAGUUUCAAUGGCUUCCUAUGCAAGGUGUCAGAGCCGAUCAGUGCGCCUAGCACUUGGAUGUACUCUGACAUGACACGUUUCGAUUGGGAUAUGGAGCCUAAAUCCAGGACCUCCUGGAAGAGAAGCCACAUGACCGGGCUCGGCAAGACCCAAUCACAUAUCAUCCUCGUAGGCUACACCUACGGCGACAUGGAAGAUUUCGGGACAAAUCUCGGGGCCCCUAGCUCACUCCACACACAGGACUUCUCGGACGCUGUUGUCCUGGCCUACACAUCUGCUGGCAUCCUCGCUUGGGGGCGCCAAGUGGGCACCAACUACAACGACUUCUUUGGUGCCGUAUCAGUAAGUCCCAGCAAUGAGAUCUACGCUGCAGGGUCCACAGCGGGGGAUGUGGCGGGCCAUGUUGGCGCGGAUGAUAUCUUCUUCUACCGGUACAGCUCAAGUGGGGACCUUAUCAACAAGUAUCAGCUGGGAACCACUGGAAAUGAUUACGUCUACAGCCUCUGGCACCAUGGAUCAAACGAAGUGUAUUUGGGAGGCAAGACCGAUGGCACGUGGCCGUCGAAAAGCAACACAGGGGGUUCCGAUGUUCUCUUGAUCAAGUUCAACGCAGACCUGGAGGAGACGUGGUCUGCGCAGCGGGGGAGCUCAGCAGACGACGACUGUGCUGUGGUGCAGGUGAACAAAGUCAAUGGGGAUGCGUAUGUGGUCGGCAACACUAGAGGGUCCAUUGAUGGUCAGACCUACUUCGGCGGCAAUGACUUCUUUCUCAUGAAGUUCGAUGUCAAUGGCAACUGGAAGUGGACACGGCAGCAUGGCAGCAGCAGCGAUGAGACCGUCCAUGGGCUUUGGGUUAAGUAUGCCGCAACCCCUCACCGCAUCUUGCUAGCCGGCACCACGGCCUUUAACACAGGCUUCGACGGUGCUACCCCUCUGGGAAGCACGGACGCUUUUGUCGUGGAGUACCAGGACCUCUCCAGUGUGGUGUCGCCGACUCACGUCUCGACCGAGCUCAUCGGGAGUGAUCGACUUGAUGAGGGCAAAGGUUUCGUUGAGAGGUCCAACGGAGACAUCUACUUGGUCGGAGUUGCUCACGACUACCACGACCACAGAGACGUCAACAAGCCUGACUCAGACAACGCUGACUUCAACCAGCCACACGCUGACCUCCUCAUCGGCGACAUCUGUGACACAGACUUCUUCAACGGCGACAUCUACGUCUGUCACGAGAUCGACCAGCUCAACUUCGAGCUCCAUCACCCAGACAUCAAGCACGGGCACUUCGUCGACACAAACUACCUCCACGAAGUCUACGUCGACGGGAACAAGCGUGACCUCCACAAGCACGACAUCCUCGACAACGACAUCGUCCACCAGCAUCACGGCAACUACAAGCAGCACCGUGUCGACGACGACGUCCACGCAAAGCACCUCCACGACGACGACAUCCAGUGUGUCUACUACAUCGUUGACGCGAAGCAGCUCCACGACCACGACAUCCUCCAGCAGCAGCACGUCGUCUACCAGCUCCAGUUCUUCAACAUCCGUAACAAACACAUCAACGACAACCUCAAGUUCCACAUCCUUCACGACUACAUCGACUUCAACUUUCUCAACUACCACCACGACAUCCACCUUGACAUCGACCUUGUCGUCAACCACGUUCUCGACCACGGUGUGGUGCUGAGCGAUUGUUCUGGGAAAGUCUCGGGGGAGACGUGCACGGCGACAUGUGACGCUGGCUUCGAAGGCGGCCCGGCAGAGUUUCUUUGCAGCUUCCUGGGCAUCUUCGCUGGUCCUGCUCUUUCCUGCUCGCCGGCUUCGUGCCCGAGCUCAGCCUUGCCGGGAGGUUUCGACAUCAGCGACUGCGGAAGCACCGAGCUCGACUCUUUCUGCUUCGUUCGCUGCCUUGCGGGCUUCGUGAGUGCCGAGUCCAUCUUCACUUGCCUGGGCACCGGGAACUUCUCCGGCACGGCUCCGACCUGUGUGCCGAUUCAGUGCAGCAUGGACGCCUUGCCGCAUGACUCGAGCCUCAACGUGACGAGCUGCAUUGGGACCACUGCCGGGAACACCUGCGAAGUAAGUUGCAAUGUCGGCCAUGACGGACAAGGAGGAGCCUACACUUGCCAAGACACGGGACACUUUCAGCUUCUUACCGCGCCAAGCUGCGCACGCAAGGAGUGCCCUGUACCCCGUGCCCUGUCCACAAAUGCCUUCACAACAGACUGUUCGGGGGGGAUUCUGCACGGGCAGAGGUGCGUGGCCGCGUGCAGGGCCGGGCACUCGGGAGCUCCCACGGAGUUUCUCUGCGAGAACGGGCUGCUGAUCGGCGAGAUGCCCACGUGCGAAGCGCUGCCAUGCACGCUGACGGGAACCUCCAUGGGCCUGGGGCUGAACACCUCUGCCUGCGAAGGGACCAGAACUGGGAGCAGCUGUGCCUUGCACUGCAGCUUUGGUUAUCAGGCGAUCGGAGACCCCAGCAUGACUUGCCAAAGUGAUGGGACCUUCUUGCAGAGCGGCCCCUUCCGAUGUGAGCCGAGUGUUUGCGGAAACCUCUCGGACCAUGCUGCCUCUCCCUUCUCCUCUCCAAGAUUCCUGCACACCUGCGAAGAGAAGAGCUUCGGCCAGACCUGCUCGGUGAUUUGUGGGACGGGUUGGGACUUGCAGGGCAAUGCCACCGUGAUGCUCUGCCAGACCGGCGGCUACGUGGAGGCCCUGACCUCGCUGCCUGCCGAGAGCUCCCUGGGGCCCACCUGCGUGCCACGGGAGUGCACGGCCAAACUGCCAGGCUUGCGAGGCGUCGUCCACGACUGUGUGGGCAAGACCACGCUGCAGAGCUGCACGGUGGAGCCGGCCUUGGGCUUCGCGGCCCUCGAAGGCUCCAAAAUUUCCAGCACCCUUCUCUGUGGAACCGAUGGAGAGUUUAAAGGAUCCCUGCCCAGCAUCCAGGCCGCCCAGUGCCCAACUCCGUCCUUCGGUUUGGGGGUCGGCAGCACCUGUGAGAACAAGAGCAUCGGAGCGGAGUGCUGGGCUUACUGCUUGGCAGGCUACGCAGGCAGCCCGCAGCCCUAUCACUGCGUGGCGGACGGCACCCUGGGCGUUGUUCGGGUAGAGCCUCUGGCGCAAGAAGUCCUCUGCACUGCCAGUGCCAGGCGUUUGACCGCUGCUUCCGGCUGUGCUACAUCGGCUGCCGAGACGCUGGGCUUGCAAGCCCUGGAGUUCGAGCACAGCUGUGCAUCGAUGGCCCACGAAGACGUGUGCAUCAGCCAUUGCAGCCUGGGCUGGGCGUUGACGGGCGAUGCUUCCGUGUUGCAGUGCAAAGAUGGACUCCUGGAUGGCAACAUCCCGCAGUGUGAUCCGGUGCCCUGCACCUACAACUUGCCGAACAGCAUUGGAGUAAAGCACAACUGCAGCGGCAUCGCGACUGGUGAUACGUGUGUUGCAACCUGUUCAGAGGAGGGCUUCACUUACGCUUCCGGUGGGGCAGAGACUUUCGAAUGUCUGCCUACAGGUGAGUUUCAAGGGCAAAGUCCAAGCUGUGUUCCAACUGCGUGCCGGGACUUGGCGCUGGCAUCCCACUUCGAGCACCGCUGCAGCAACAUGGUCUAUGGAGACUGCUGCAGCGUCGGUUGUGCUCAUGGCUUCUCUCUAGUUGGCUCGGCUGCGCAGUACCGGUGUUCUGCCAGCGGAGACAUCGAGGGCACAGAGCCUCGGUGCGAUCCGAAGCAGUGCGUGAACUCCGUCCCCGAGAGCUUCGACUCCGAUUGCGAGGGCAUUGCCACGGGCUCCAGCUGCAACGUGAGCUGCGUCGUGGGCAUGGUCCCCAACUCUGCACGGCUCAUUUGCCACGGCACGGGCAUGCUCGUUGGCCCGCUGCCGACUUGCAUCCCGAACCUUUGCCCCUUUGCUACGUCUCUCCAGAAGCCGUCUCUUGCCAACGAUUGCCAGGACGUGGCCUUCGGGCGGAGUUGCUCCGUCUUCUGCGCAGAGGGCUACAAGCUGACCUCGGGAAGUGUGGGGGAGGUUUGGGACUGCGCCCUGAAGGAGGAGCUCACGCUGUCGGGCAGCUUGCCCAGCUGUGAGGCGCUCACCUGCCCCAUGGACCUACGCUCCAGUCAUGCUUUUCAGGAUAACUGCACGGACGGUUUGCCAGUGGGUGCAGAGUGUAUGCAGACGUGCAGCCAGGGAUUCAAGGCUGCAGAACCUGAAUCUUCCAGCGCCACCUUCACGUGCAUGCUGGACCUCAGCAUUGAUGCAGGCCAACGGCUGCAGUGCGUGCCCGUGGAAUGCAACAGCACCAUCAGCAUUCCAAAUCUGGAGCACUCCUGCACAGGCGUCACCGCUAAUGACACUUGCUUUGCCUUCUGCCGGAGCGGCUUUACAAGCACUGCAGGUGUGGUACAAUGGACAUGUUCAGGUCCCGGUAGUGCCGAACCAAUUGUUGACAAGAACCUUCCGAUCGUCGACGGAUAUGUCCUGAAAGGAGAUGUGCCUGAAUGCCUUCCCAAGAAGUGCAAGUACAACAUCCCGCUGGGAACGGAGUAUUUGCACAACUGCCACAACAUCUCCACCGAUGGCACUUGUGAGGUUAGCUGCCCUUUCGGAUGGCUUGGCGAUCCCGAUGCUCAGUGUGUCGUUGUCCUGCAGCCCCACUGGCGCUUUGAUUGGAGGCCUGCCGAGCUGCUCCCCGACCGUGCUGACGCUCACCACAACCGCACCUUCGGGUCCAGCACGGUGACCCUCCGUGGCUUCCUGGACCUGAGGCUGACUCCCUCCGAGGGCCGCCGGCUGCAAGGAGCGGAGCUCUUUGCUGUGGAUUUCAAGGCUCAGGAAGCCCUGGCCGCCGCCCUUGCGCAGGUGCUCGAGGUCGAGAUGGCCGCUUUGCACCUGGAGCUGCGUGCCGAAGGCGACCUUCUUCGCGCGCUCUAUGCCGCGAGCCGGUCCUGGAGCUCGGCGGAGCUGGCCAGGAGCUGGGCAGAGGCGUUGCAGGAGUCCAUGCAAUCCACAUCUCUGGUGCGGGUGAAGGACCUGCUAAACCAGAAGCUGGCGGGCACCGGCUUCCAAGUCAACUCCAUCGACGCCUUCGAGGUCUCUAUCGCUCUCGCAGAUGGAGUGGCAGAGACCGUGUUUGUUGGCCAAGCGCGCUGGGGCGUGGGAGUCCUCGUCAUCGUCGGAAGCCUCGUGGUUUUGGGACUCUUCUGUGGCGCCUGGCGCCUUCUCCGGCAGCCGGCGACGACGUCAAAGCCCGGGUCCGGAGGUGACGAAGUUAGCCCGGAGGUGGCGGAGGCGAGCCAGCCAGCGACUGCCAGUCUGACUUCAGAAAUCGCCGCUUUGGAAGAGCAGAUGCUCGAGGCCGGCAUGAGCAUGGUCGAGGAGGAUGCCGUGGUGAUCGCGCUUUGA